UCCUGCGCUGUAACAACACGUGUACGGGCUACGGUCUGGAGCAGAUGGGAAUAACAGCCACGAAACUUCAGUUUUCCGAAACUUUGGAGUAGUUUAUUAUUUUUUUUAGUCUGCGUAAGGUUUUGCCGACCAAGUGGUAAACAUGGUGAAGCCAAGGUUCAAGGGGAAAAGCUCGAUAAACCCCUCAUCGUCCAGCACCAACCCGGAUCGAGCCAAAGGUGCAGCUGGGAGCAACAUGAGGGACCGAGCCACUAUCAAACGUCUGAAUAUGUACAGACAGAAGCAGAGAUGUAAUAGCCGGGGGAAAGUCAUCAAACCUUUGCAGUAUCAGUCUACAGUGGCUCCAGGGACUGUGGCCAGAGUGGAGCCCAACAUUAAAUGGUUUGCAAACACUCGUGUAAUCAAGCAGUCAUCACUCCAGAAGUUUCAAGAGGAGAUGGGAGCUGUACAGAAGGAUCCAUAUCGUGUAGUGAUGAGACAGAGCAAACUCCCCAUGUCCCUCCUGCAUGAUAGAGUUAAAGCCCAUAACUCCAAAGUGCAUAUUUUAGACACAGAAGGUUUCGAAAUCACAUUUGGACCCAAGGCUCAGAGAAAGAAGCCCAGCCUGAUGGUGGAGGACAUGAAGGACCUGGUGGAGCAGGCCGAGGCCUCAGCCCUCAACUACAACGCUGACAACGACAAAGACCUGGUGACUGAGGACACAGGAGUCAGGGAUGAAGUGAGAGAGGAAAUCUUCAAAAAGGGUCAGUCCAAAAGAAUCUGGGGAGAACUUUACAAGGUUAUUGACUCAUCUGAUGUCAUCAUCCAAGUGCUGGAUGCUCGCGAUCCCAUGGGAACUCGCUCUAAGAGUAUAGAAACCUACCUGAAGAAAGAAAAACCCUGGAAACAUUUGAUCUUUGUGCUGAACAAGUGUGACCUCAUUCCUACCUGGGUCACAAAACAGUGGGUUGCUGUUUUGUCCCAGGAGUACCCCACUCUGGCCUUCCACGCCAGCCUUACCAACUCGUUCGGUAAAGGCUCCCUCAUCCAGCUGCUCAGGCAGUUUGGCAAGCUCCACACAGACAAGAAACAGAUUAGUGUAGGUUUCAUUGGCUAUCCUAAUGUGGGAAAGAGCUCAGUCAUCAACACACUGCGGUCUAAGAAGGUUUGCAAUGUGGCGCCACUCGCUGGAGAAACAAAGGUUUGGCAGUACAUCACACUGAUGAGGCGCAUCUUCCUCAUCGACUGCCCUGGAGUUGUUUACCCAUCAGAAGAUAGUGAGUCUGAUAUUGUCCUCAAAGGAGUGGUUCAGGUGGAAAAGAUCAAAAACCCAGAGGAACAUAUUGGGUCAGUACUAGAGCGGGCCAAGCCAGAAUACAUCCAGAAGACAUACCGCAUCCCCAGCUGGACCUCGGCUGAAGACUUCCUGGAGAAACUGGCUUUCCGGACAGGGAAACUCUUGAAGGGGGGUGAACCAGACCUUAGCACAGUCUCCAAAAUGGUGUUGAAUGAUUGGCAAAGAGGUCGUAUCCCCUUUUUUGUGAAACCGCCUGGACCUGAAGGGGGUCAAGAGGACAAGAAGACGUUGCCAUCUGAAGGACCGUCACAGGUAGUCGAGAGUGUUCAGGAGGAAGAGUUGGACAAUCCAGAGGCGGCAUCAGCAGAACACCAGGAACAUCAGCAGAGACAGAAGGAACAAGUCCAGAAGAUUCUGGCUAAUGUGCGGCAGAACUUUGGCAAGAUCAAUGUAGCACCUGAGUUCAGCGAGGAAGACUUAGUUCCCGUGGAGAUGCCUGACCUGGACCUGUCCGACUUAACCGGCUCCGAUGGUGAGGGAGACAGUGAUGAAGAGGAGGACGCGGAGGAGGACAGGACCAACAAUGAACCCGCCGACGUGGAUACUGAGGUCUCUGAGCCCACAACUGCUCAGGCAAAUGGCAGCAAGAGUUCACGCGAGGUGAUCCGUGAGCUGGAUGAGAAGAUCUCCAAGUACAAGCAAUUCCUGGACCGGGCCAAAUCCAAGCGCUUCUCCGCGAUCCGGAUACCCAAGGCACUUUCUGACAAAGCGUUCAAAGACAUCAUGACGAAACAAGCAGCAGCAGAAAAGCAGAAACAACAGAGGAAAGCCGCAACUCAGAAAAACAAGAAGAGGAAGGUCGAGGACGAUGAGGACUCGGUCCAGACACCCAAACUGACGUCCAAACAGAAAAGAGCGCUGGACCGUGCACAGAAGGCCAAGAAAGUUGGUGUACGCUAUUAUGAAACACACAAUGUGAAAAACAAGAACAAGAACCGAAAGAUCCCAGUGUCUGCCACUGACGGCCCAAAGUCCAAGAGACCAAAGCACUAGACUGGAGCUGUAAUGUUUACAUCAGGCAAAAUGUAGAGAUGCUAACUGGUAAAAUGGUCUUUAUCAAUGGGACACUUGACACCUUAUCCUGACCUCGAAGAAAAGGACUGUUUGUUUUGUGCCUUUUCAACUGUCUUUUCCCUUGACCACACUGUACACUGUUCUUGAAUGAUAUUUCAUUCGUCAUGUACAUGUAUACAGAUCAAAAUGUACAGUUAUUAACUGUAUUUGUGCUUAAAAAGGCCAAUUAUACACAUUACAGUUGCAGGUGUUUUAUAUCAGGGGUUUCUCUAAACUUUAAAGGCUGGGGUGCAACACCCAUGGCCUGUCCAUCCAUCUGGUUUUCUCAGUGUGUUCAGUACUGAGAAAACAGUCUGGAAUUGGGCCAGUCCCUGUGAAAUGUGCCCAAUCUAUUUUAUAUCGGACCAAUCACAAAUCUGGGGAGUGGGUAUUUCACAGUGUGUCAUACACAUCGACUUCCUUUGUCAUGGGUCAAAGUCCGUUCCAAGUCCGCAAAUCUCUUUACAACUGUUGUCAGUUGUUUACUUGAUUCAAAAAUAAGGAUUGGAUUACAGAUAACACCCUGUAUUGUUAAAUUUCUCUGACAAAAGCGUCACAUCCAUCUUAUCUGUGAUUGGUUUACUCAGCACCUGUAAGUCCCACCUUCAUAUUUGGAUUCAAGCCCCAUGAUUCCAGACGGAUUUCUCAAUGAGAAAGACAGAUUGGCUGGACAGGCUACAGCACCCAAGUCAUUUUGGGCUCACCUCAACCAAAUUAAUGUAGAAUUAAAGUGCUUUUUGAAGUCAUCCCAGGGAAGUAAAUUAUAUCUUUAACCUUUUUGGAUAAUUUAUUUAUCAUCUACCUGCACCUUUGUAUGGUGGGUAUAAUAAUAAUAUAAUGGUCUAAAAUGAUGACAAACUCCAUGUUUUUAGUUAAAAUUUCAAAAUGUGGGAGGACCAUUAAAGGUUGAUAACUGGAGAAUAAAUAAAUAACGUCAAUGACAACAUGCACA